AAGUGUAUUUCUGGGAGAACCUAGAGCACUUAAGGGCCUGAGUUUGCUGUGCUGCCUGGUGAUCAAAGAGAAGGAUGGUUCCAGAGCUUGCCUAAAGCUGGCCCUGAACUAAAUCCAGGAGCAACAAAGACACCAGCAGAGUGGGAGAAAGAACAAGAGCAGAGAAGAGCAAACAGACUCCCUUGGUCGUGGAUGUAGCAGAAGCCAGCUGCAGCGAUGGACUGGCACUCCCUCAGGAGAGCUGCCCUGCUGCUCACGUUCCUGGUGGUGCUUGAAGUUAACAGUGAAUUUCAAAUCCAGGUAAGAGAUCAUAACGCCAAAAAUGGUACCAUCAAGUGGCAUUCCAUCAGAAGGCAGAAACGAGAAUGGAUCAAGUUCGCUGCAGCCUGUCGGGAAGGUGAAGACAACUCAAAGAGAAACCCAAUUGCCAAAAUUCAUUCAGAUUGUGCUGCAAACCAACAAGUGACAUACCGAAUCUCUGGAGUAGGAAUUGACCAGCCACCUUAUGGAAUCUUUAUUAUUAAUCAAAAAACUGGUGAAAUCAAUAUAACAUCUAUUGUUGAUCGUGAAGUCACCCCCUUUUUCAUUAUCUACUGUCGAGCACUGAAUGCACAAGGUCAAGAUCUGGAGGAUACACUGGCGCUUAGAGUCAGAGUGAUGGAUAUAAAUGACAACCCUCCCGUGUUUUCAAUGACUACAUUUCUAGGACAAAUAGAAGAAAAUUCUAAUGCAAACACACUGAUAAUGAAACUCAAUGCUACCGAUGCUGAUGAGCCAAAUAACUUGAACUCAAUGAUAGCCUUCAAGAUCAUAAGACAGGAGCCUUCUGAAUCACCCAUGUUCAUCAUCAACAGAAAAACUGGAGAAAUCAGAACAAUGAAUAAUUUUCUAGACAGAGAGCAAUAUAGCCAGUAUACCCUUGUGGUGAGAGGCUCAGACCGUGAUGGUGGAGCAGAUGGCAUGUCUGCAGAAUGCGAGUGCAGCAUCAGCAUCCUGGAUGUCAAUGACAAUAUCCCAUACUUGGAGCAGUCAUCUUAUGACAUCAAAAUUGAAGAAAACGCACUACACUCCCAGCUAGUGCAGAUCAGAGUCAUUGAUUUGGAUGAAGAAUUCUCAGACAACUGGAAGGCAGUCAUUUUUUUUAUCUCUGGAAAUGAGGGAAAUUGGUUUGAAAUAGAAAUGAAUGAAAGAACAAAUGUAGGAACUCUAAAGGUUGUCAAGCCCCUAGAUUAUGAAGCCAUGAAGAAUGUACAGCUUAGUAUUGGUGUUAGAAACGUAGCUGAUUUCCACCAGUCAAUUCUUGCUCAAUAUAGACUCACAGCAACUAUGGUCACUGUGACUGUGGUAAACGUGGUCGAGGGCUCCGUGUUCCGGCCAGGUUCAAAGACGUUUGAAAUAACUGGUAAAAUGGAUGCAAACCACAAGGUGGGACAGUUUGCAGCUACAGACCUGGACACGGGUCUAGAGUCCACAAAUGUUAGAUAUGUAAUGGGAAAUAACCCAGAGAACCUGCUGGCUGUUGACUCAAGAACAGGCAUACUAACUUUAAGAAACAAAGUUACUAGGGAACAAUAUGAAAGGCUUAAUGGGAGAUAUGAAGGAACACUGCUAUCAAUAGAUGAUUCCCUUCAGCGGACCUGCACUGGGACAAUCAUCGUUCAACUUAGUGGCUCUGUCUGGGAAAAGGAUCAAGGUGGUGGAAAAGACCGUGAGGAUGGACAAGUGACUGAUGGACGAGUGACUGGUGAUUAUCAAAGAACUUCCACUGAGGAUCCACGACGUACCACAAUACGGGAAGACCCCUACGGCCCUAACACUGACUCUUACCAAAAUCCUGACAUCCCAGCAUACGGAGACAAUGUUCACUUCGGUCCUGCAGGCAUCGGGCUGCUCAUCAUGGGGUUCCUAGUCUUAGGAUUGGUUCCAUUCUUGCUGAUCUGCUGUGAUUGUGGAGGAGCUCCUGGUGGUGGAGCUGGAUUUGAACCUGUUCCAGAAUGUUCUGAUGGAGCAAUGCACACGUGGGCAGUAGAAGGGCCACAACCUGAACCCCACGAUGGUAUAACCACCAUCUGUGUGCCACAAAUGCCACCUGGUAAUGCCAAUAUUAUAGAAUGUAUUGACAACUCAGGAGUUUAUACAAAUGAAUAUUGUGGCAGAGAAAUGCAAGAUCUGGGAGGAGAAGAAAGAACUACAGGAUUCGAACUAAUGGAUGGAGUCAAAGCGUCAGCCGCACCUGAGAUAUGCCAGGAAUAUUCAGGAACGUUAAGAAGAAAUUCAAUGAGAGAAUGUAGAGAUGGAGGUCUCAAUAUGAAUUUCAUGGAAAGUUACUUCUGCCAGAAAGCCUAUGCUUACGCGGACGAAGAUGAAGGACGUCCAUCCAACGACUGUUUGCUCAUCUAUGACAUCGAAGGUGUAGGUUCCCCUGCAGGCUCCGUGGGAUGCUGCAGCUUCAUUGGAGAAGAUCUAGAUGAAAGCUUCCUGGAUACCUUGGGGCCUAAGUUUAAGAAGUUGGCAGAUAUCAGCUUGGGAAAAGAAAUAGAUUCAUACCCAGAUCCCGAUCCUUCCUGGCCUCCUCAGAGCACUGAACCAACAUGCCCCCAGCGUACAGAGCCCGUUGUUAGUGGACACCCACCCAUCUCCCCACAUUUUGGCACUACCACAGUAAUUUCUGAGAACACCUAUCCCUCUGGCCCUGGAGUACAGCAUCCUAUGCCAAUUCCUGAUCCUCUGGGCUAUGGUAAUGUCACUGUGAGGGAGUCCUAUACCACCUCUGGCACUCUGAAGCCCUCUGUCCACUUUCAUGAUAACCGGCAGGCUUCAAAUGUGGUGGUGACAGAGAGGGUGGUGGGCCCCAUCUCUGGUGCUGAUUUGCAUGGGAUGUUAGAGAUACCCGACUUAAGAGAUGGAUCAAAUGUUAUAGUGACAGAAAGGGUAAUAGCACCAGGCUCAAGUCUACCCACCUCACUAACCAUUCCUAACCCUCGAGAGACCUCAAAUGUAGUUGUGACAGAAAGAGUGAUCCAACCAACUUCCGGCAUGAUAGGCAACCUAAGCAUGUCCCCUGAGUUAUCAAGUGCCCACAACGUGAUUGUGACAGAGAGAGUGGUUUCUGGUGCCGGUGUGAGUGGCACCACUGGGUUAGGUGGGAUUGGAGGCAUAGGCAGCAGUGGCCUGGUUGGCACCACCAUGGGUGCUGGUGGUGUGGGUCUGAGUGGAGCUGGAGUAGGUGAUGGUGGCACUGGGCUGAGCAUGGGAGGAGCAGCCACUAUUGGUCACAUGAGGAGUUCCUCUGACCAUCACUUUAGCCAGACAGUUGGAUCUGCCUCCCCUAGCAUGGCUCGAAGUCGAAUUACCAAGUACAGUACAGUACAGUAUACCAAGUAGUCAUGGUCCCAGAGUACUGUUCACCACCAUCUCUGUGAUUUACACCCAACUCCUGCUCCCCCCCGCAAUCUAACAGUGCAAUUUAUGAUGCAGAGCAGGCUAUAGGAGACCUGUGGAGUAGGAAGAGCCACAGUGGCAGUAACGCAUGGAAACAGCAUCAUGGGGAAGAGUACUCCCUAGCACUGGUAAACUUCUUUCUUCUAUUAACACUAAAUGAAAUAAUGAACUUGAGGUACAAUCUUAUUUGUGGCUCUGUGGUCUACAGGGUUGUUUUGGGUUUUUGGUUUUUAAUGUGUGCCCUAUAGGGUGUCACCAGCAUGUUAAAUAAAUAAAAUGUGGCUACAUAAAACCUCUGGCUCUAAAUGGCAAUCGGAAGAGUUCUUCUUGCUGUUCAGAAAUUAACCAAAAAGGUUUCAAUGUGUAGCUUGAGCUCACAUAGGUGAGGAAAAUCUGACAUUUCUUUAACACAUGCCUUGUCUGUUUCACAGGUAAUACAAAUUAAAAACCCUUCCACAGAUUCAGGCUAGGAUUAAUAAAAUUCUAAUUACAUAGUCAUGUACAUAAGAUACCAGUUAUUCUUACCAUGACCACACCUAAACUUCAUUAGAUGAAUUCAUUUUCAAACUAAGAAAUCUGUUCUAGGAGGAAAGCCCAUAGACAGUAACAAUAUAGGGAGACUCGUUUAGCACAAACUACGCCUGAAUCUCAACAUGUGGCUUUAGUUAAGUCUCCUGUAGAGUCAGGGACGUUCCUGGCUCCCAUUGUGUUUCAUAGGUGUGACUUUGAAGAAUAUUACUUACUGGGUAAAUGAAGGGCACCAUGCUCAUUUUUGCCUUUCCACUGUAGUUGAAGGGAAAGUUGCAAAUGACACAUGACAUGACUGCUGCCCUCACAAGUGUUAACUUUCCUCCCUAGUACAGACAGGACAGUAUUAUAUCUUCAGUCUAGGCAGUAAGUCAUACUCGUUCCUGUGCAGCUCUUCAGUGCAUAAGUGCAUAGUUAAGAUAACGUACCUAAGCUGAGCUGUUGGGAGGAAGCUGGCAGUGUGGCUAAGCUUCGGGGUAAUUUUUCAAGGGGAUCCGAGGAAGGGGAACUGUUUUUAGAACAUGAAAACUGUCUUAAGUGGGAAAUGUUAGAAAAUAAUUGCUCAGUAAAGGAAAACCAUAUGAUUAGAUAUUGUUGAGAUUAGUGUCAUCCUUUUAAUGACCCUCUGCUGCCAUUUGGAAGUGAUUAACCAGGACUCUUUACCAGAAUUGAUGUUACUUCAGAAAGAGUGAUGUGGUUACUAGACAAUCCCAUUCCUUAUCUAAAAUGUGUCCUGCAUACAACUUUGAAGUUUCUCAUUUGAUUUGUCAAUGAGCUCUAGCUUCUAAGCAUUCUGACUUAAAGACAGUUUACAAGUUAUAGUAUGAUAUAUUUUUCUAGCUUUGAAAUUUAGUAAUGUACUAUUUAUGAUGUGUUGUUUCUGUAUGUUUGCCAAUUGGUGUUUCCUGGUUUAAAAUCUCUCAGAAGAAUCAAAGCUUUCUAAGAGACAGGUACAUUUACUAUUGCAGGGUAGAGGAAUCUUUUCUUGCUUUUAAACUCAAUGUUAAAAUAAGUUCACUAAAGUAAAAUGGUAUACAUAUGGCAAAAUAAGAGUGGGGAAAAUCCUAGCCCUGAGUUGUGAAUUAUAUACAACUUUUAAAGAUGUGUUCAUCCCCUGACCAUUCAUUUCCCAGAGUGUCACAGGAUCACAGCAUCAUUGUCCAGCUUCCAGCAUUAUCAAAGACUUCAGAGUGAUUGAUUACUCCAGCAAGAGCUGCUUUGUUCUAUAUAAAAGCAGAUACGGUGAAUAUUAAAGACCCCAAAAUGUCUAAUUUUAGCUGUAUAGAACAUGUAAUGUUUUGCUAACAUGUAACAAGCCAAACUGCAGAGGCAUAAUUAAAGUCCCUCAAAGGAGUCUUUAUUUUAUUGUGUUCUAAAAUGUAGGGUAAUGCACUGAGGAUACGGUUUGGUUGAGGGGGCAGUGUUAUGUUUGUUUUUAGAGAUAAACUCAAAAGACAUUUGUUGAAAUAUACUUGAAGAUACCUAGGUUUGGAAGUUUGAACAGAUAGAAAUGAUUAAUAUAGUUUUCCUUCCUUCCUUUGUUCAUUUAUUAAUCCAAAGGAAAGUGUACUUGUUGCCUUGAUGUGCUGUAUCUUUACUGUAUAUUUUCUUAGUUGCCUGAUGAAUUCCAAAUAUUUUUCAUUGCCUAACAAGUGGUAAUAUGGCGAUCUGUAAUAAAUGUGAUCAACGUUCAUCAGUUAUAUAAAACCUGGGAAAAUAAAACUUUAAAUAACAAACUUGUCUUCCUUCUUCCUGGGACAGUUAACUUCGGAUCAAACUAUUUCUUUCAUGACUGUACAAUGGGCCCUGUUUAGUCCUGCAUCUUACAGUGCUGUUUUUUAAAAACACAUCACUGCAUCACUGAAAGGCUGUUUCUCAUCUCACAUCACUGAAAGGCAGUUGUUCAUGGAUGGCCUUUGGGCAGGAUUUUGCUUCUCUCUUUCCAUGCUGUAAUCUGAACUACUAGUGUUAUUCCACAGGUAUAGGAGAGAGAUGUAAUCCUUUCACAAAUAAAUAGCUAAAUUUGUGAUUCAUAAACCAGGCUGAAUUUUAAAUCAACACGCUUUUAAUCAAAAGAAGAAGUAAAUAGUACCAUAAUAAUAUUCAUAUGUGUUUUGAAAAUAAAGCAAAACACAACGUAUAGCUUUCUGAAGAAGGAGUCCACAGGGACAGAAUCAAAUGUGUCACAAAUGCUUCAUUGUUGACUAUAAACCAAAUAACACACUCAGCUGAUUUUGACAUCUAACUCUCGAAAUGUCUUUUGCGUGCUGUUUGCCUCCAUGUGCAAUGUCCUAUUUCACUCAAUGUAAUGUGCUGACAGAAUUUUAAUCAUGCAUUUUCAAAAAUUACACUUGAGUAAUGUUUUCAGUUACAUUUAUUUCUGAAUUCAUGCCAAGAUUUGGUUGGCAACCAAUAUGUCUUAAAUGACUUUAGUAGAACCUUUAAAAACCUUAUAGUCUCCUUUGAAAGAUGUUGAGAAUCCAAGUAAACUCUAAAGUGCUUAGAGCAUUUUUCCAUGUGUUUAAUAAGUUCCAACACUCGGGAUAGUUCUGGUAUUUGUAGGAUCCACUGCACAUAGCCAUGGGAUGAUCACAAUGUAGCCCUUGAAACUCAAUCUGCCUUCUGCCUCCAGAUCAUUCAUUUUGUGUUAGGAGGAAGCUUAAGUAGAUCAACCUACCAUGCAGCAAGUACUUUGAAAUGAUGAAUAAUUUAUUGUUCAAUUCUCUAUAUUAUCAUCCGUUUAGUUGUAUUUGCAUAAACACUCUGUGACCAAAAUGUACUUACCUUAUUUUUCUUACACAGUUUCCCGAGCAUUUUAAAUUCUCAAAACCACCUUUUGCAGUGUUUAAAGCAAAGUUGUAUUCUUUCUAUACAAAUAUUUGGGGAUGGUUUGGCUGCUAGCUCCUUGCUUUAUCAUCUGUUGACUGUUUUAAGACAGUUUGUAAUUUCUCAAUAGCUGUGUUUCUAACAAUAAAAUGAUUGACAUGC